CAGGCCAAGAUGUUGAGUUGAGCAUAAUGCCUACACCUCACUUCAGACUGCCACUGGAUCUGCGGCACCCCGUGAUCUUGGUGGCCACAGGCACAGGGAUUGCUCCCUUCCGCAGUUUUUGGCAGGAGCUGGCGUGGCGGAAAGCAAGCUAUCCAGAAAUUGAGUAUGGUCCCAAAGUGUUGAUAUUCGGUUGCCGAAACGCGUCACAUGACUACCUCUAUCAUGAGGAAGUGGAACGCGCCAGAAGUGCCAAGGUCUUCAGCGAGAUCCAUGUGGCCUUCAGCCGUCCGGAAGAGGGUCAGGGCCAAUACGUCCAAGAUUUGAUCCAAUCAGAAGCAGACCAACUGUUGCCAGUGAUGACUGAAAGCUGCCAUAUCUAUGUUUGUGGCAGCAGUCACAUGAAUACAGCAGUAGGCUCGGCUUUCAAUAAGAUCCUGGGCAAAGAGAAAUACCAAGCCUUGGUCCUGGGCAGCCGCUGGCAUGAAGAUGUCUUCGGUGCCAAAGUUCAGACAGAAACAAAGAGCGUGACAGACUUGGAGUUGCUGGCAAGAAGUGGCUGGGAAAAAAUCAAGGUAGAAUUGGCGUCCAACACCGUGGACAUCCACAGCCAGACCUGGUCUGGCAACACAUUGCUUCAUCUCGCAUGUGGCAUGAGGAACAAGGUCUUGGUUCAGAGCCUGCUUGAGCAAAAGGCCUCACCGCUGAUCAUGAACUUUGAAGGCUUGACUCCGGCCAUGAUUGCUUGCAUUGCCGGGGACAAGCAGCUGGAGCAGCUCGUUUCUUCAAAGGGAGGCACGAAAGCGUCAUCUUUGCACAAGAAGUAUUAUCUCUUGCAUGCAGCAGUGAUCUCUGAAGACAGCAGAGCUGUGCGAAAGCUUUUGGCCUCCGGUGCCGAUCCAAACCAACCAGAUUGCAACUACACACGGCCUGUGCAUCUUGCUGCUUUGCUGAAAGACACCGCCAUCCUCAGCGAUCUGAUCCAGAAAAAAGCUGAUCUGAAUAUGCCGAACCGCCUCGGCUUGCUCCCCGCCCAGACGGCCCUGAAGUCUGGGAGGAAAGAGGCAGCUACUUUAAUCAAAUCCAUUGGCGGCAACAUCACUGCGAUUGGUGGAGGUGCAACUGGUAUGCUUGGCGAGGAUAUGGCCUCGCGUGCCAACGAAGGCAUGUUAGCUGAAGAGAUUGCAGCAGUUCAGGCAUCCUGGAGCUUCCUCAUGGGCAGCAUGACCCCCGCCGGUGUGGAAAAGCGCAUGAAGUCAAUGGGCGUCGACCUCUUCCUGGCAAUCUUCGAGCAGAGCCCCGCCGCACUGGAGCUCUUCCCGUUCAAAUGGCAACCGGGCCAGCCGGACAUCAACGCUUUGGAAGUGCACGGCCGCAAGGUCUUGACAGCGCUGACCACGAUCGUUGAGCACCUUUCCAACGAAGAGGCCUUCCAGGUGUAUCUCGAAGCUUUGGUUUUGCGGCAUUUGGCCUACAAGGUCGACAACUGGCACUACACCUUCUUCUUGACGCAGCUCUUGGAUUUCCUGCUUGCAAGCAUGCCCAAAGAGGAUGGCAGGGCGGACGAGGCAUUCGUCAAUGGCUGGUCAAAAUUCAAGGGCAAGGUCCUCAAGCACGUGGACAAAACCUUUGAACACGUGAUCAAGGGAAUGCCCAGCAGCGAGAAACAGAAGCAAUGACUUUUGGAGGUCGCCCGGGGCCCGCAGAACCUGGGAGGCCGUGUGCGUCGCCAGCUCUUGCGAAAACGUCGAGACUCACGGAAAAA